AUGACUCGUCCUGCGAAGAGUGUUCCAUAUCUAUCUAUCUAUCAAUCUAUCUAUCUAUCUCAGUCUGUUCAUAUCUAUCUCUGUUCUAUAUCUAUCUAUCUAUCUAUCUAUCUCAGUCUGUUCAUAUCUAUCUAUGUAUCUAUCUCUGUUCUAUAUCUAUCUAUCUAUCUAUCUAUCUAUCUAUCUCAGUCUGUUCAUAUCUAUCUAUGUAUCUAUCUCUGUUCUAUAUCUAUCUAUUUAUCUAUCUAUCUAUCUAUCUAUCUAUCUAUCUCUGUUCAUAUCUAUCUAUCUAUCUAUCUCUGUUCUAUAUCUAUCUAUCUAUCUAUCUCUGUUCUAUAUCUAUCUAUGUUAUCUAUGUAUUUUCAAUACCUAUCUAUUUAUUUAUCUCUCUCUGUUCAAUAUCUAUGUUUGUUCAAUAUCUAUCUAUCUCUGUUCAAUAUUUAUCUAUUUAUCUAUCCAUGUUAA